CUGUCAGUUGCUUGCCAAGUAAUGUUUGCCAAUGUUUGCAUUGGAUUGCAUGUUAUGAUGUCUUUAUAUUAUGAAAUGCAUAACUUCUAAGUGAUAAGUUUUAUUAUAAUUGUAAGAUUGACAGUUAACUAAUGAUUAUUACUGUUAUGGAUACAUAUUUAAAAUUUAAAACAUUCGUAACCUCUACGGCUCUAGCUGUUGGUUUCGCCGGUGCAACUUUGCUUUUAUUUAAAUAUAAACUAAGAAAAAGAAAUGCAGUCGAUGCUCUUAACUACUUAACAAUCAGAACUGUAAUCACAGAAGAGUCCUGCAAUGAAGUGAUAAAUGAAUUACGCAGGAGAAUAGGACUCCAUAAAGCCGUUGGCUUUGAUUGUGAAUGGGUUACAAACCUGGGUAGAAGGCAACCUGUUGCUUUGGUUCAGCUCUCUUCUUUUGAUGGUUAUUGUGGUUUGUUCAGACUUAGCCAUUUAAAGACUAUACCCAACUCUUUAAAAGAGCUUUUAGAAGAUGAGAAUAUAUUCAAAGUAGGUGUAGCACCAUUUGAUGAUGCAAAAUAUUUAUUAAAUGAUUAUUCAGUAUCACUGAAGUCUACUUUGGAUAUACGACACAUUGUGGAACUCACUGGUCAUACUCCAGGUGGUUUAGCUUUCUUGGCUUUAUCACAACUCAAUGUUAUUUUAGACAAGAGUUGGAGGGUGCGCUGCAGCAACUGGGAAGUUGAUGAGUUAACGCAAACACAAAUUAAUUAUGCAGCAGCUGAUGCUCAUGUAGCUAUUAAGAUAUUUGUUUACCUUAUAAACAAGAAGUAUGGCUCAGUAUGGAGUUGGUUGGAUAACUCAAGUAAUAAUGAAGUUUGGCAUAGUAUAAAUAAUAUCUGCUGGAAGUAUUCUGAUAUUGGCUUUAAAAAUAAACAAACAUCUAAAUUGGGCACUGAAAUGAAAAAAGAAAAAGAAGGUAAAUUAACCAAGGAGGCUGUAGUAAGCAAACGUUACCCGCACGCGACGCGGUCCAAGCCGCUAUACCACAAUUGUUUCUUGGUGGCGCCGGAUGGAGAGUUGUUAUGCACUUGUGACACCAAAAAGGCUGAAUGGUACGUAGAUAAAGAAUUAGCAGAUGUGGUGAAGGAGGAUCCACUCACAGUACGUCUGCGUUUUGAGCCUUCUGGCCGCUCCGUGGGAGAGGUGGGCAGAUAUUACCAACUUACUAAGGAAAACAAAUGCGUUGUUUGCGGCGGCGAUAACUCUUAUAUACGAAAAAAUGUCGUGCCCAGAGAAUACAGGAAAUAUUUUCCAGAAAUAAUGAAGGACCACUCGUCACACGACGUGGUGCUUCUAUGCACGGGCUGCCAUCAGCGCAGCAACAUGCGCGACCAGGCGGUGCGCGAGCGGCUCGCCGAGCAGUGCGACGCGCCGCUCGCCUCGCACACCGAUAACAAAUUCAAAGAGGACGCCGACUGCAAAAAAGUUCGUUCCGCCGCUCGCGCUCUGCUUUAUCAAUCGCGGAAACACGUUCUACCAGACGAGAGGAGGAAGGAACUGGAACAAAUAAUAUUACGUCAUUUCCCGCAACAUGGACACAUCACACAGGAACUUCUGCAAGACGCGGCGGAUAUGCAAGUCGUGUUUGAGAAUAUAGACUACGAGUCGCACGGACAUAAAGUGGUGGAGUACUUCCUGCAGCACGAGGGUCUGCUGCGGCUGGAGCGGGUCUGGCGGCAGCACUUCCUGGCCUCCAUGCGUCCGCAACAUAUGCCGCAGCUCUGGUCGAUCGAUCACAACGAGCAGAGGUUAAAAAUACGAUUAGAAGAAGGUCGCCUUUCUGAGGAAGAUGCAAAACUUUUGGGACUUUGAAUAUUGUGAACGGCACGUGGUCAUAUAUGAGGAGAGAGAACACCUGCGCUGUUGUAAUUAGCUAGACUUCAAGCGGAUGCAUAACGUGGAUUAAAUGUUAACAUUUUCUCUAUGUUUUGAUGUUUUUACUUUGGUUCUGGUUGAGUUUCGUAGUUGUUUACUACACACGUGCUAAGCCCAGCGCCGACGAUGUGACGUUGACGUGACGUAACCAUAUGUCGUUAGGUUCCCGUCACCGUUCCGUUAUAUGUAAUUUGUUGUAUAUCGUUUUUAAAUUUGUAAAAUAUUAAGGAAUGUCAAUAAA